CCCCCCCCGACCGUCCAACCACCACGGAAAAAAAACCACAGCAGGUUGUUUUUCCAAACCUGCCUCACCGCCCACCGAAUGUUCGUUCCCGCGUCCAUACCCUCCCAGGAUCUUCGGAUGGAACAGGCCAACAGUCAACACAAUGUCUUCGGAGCAAGAUUAUCAAGAUCUUUUCGGUCCUCAAGCCAAGAGGGCCAAACGUGGUCGACAACAGCUGCAAACCGACAAGUCCGCGAAUGCCAUUCGAAUACGCGAUAAUCAACGACGAUCACGCGCCCGCCAUAAGGAGUUUGUCGACGAGUUGCAGCGCAAGGUCCAGGACUACGAGAAGCGGGGGACCCAGGCCUCGUUGCAGAUGCAAAAGGCUGCUCGAGACGUCGCCUUUGAAAACUCACGAUUGGCGACCGAAAACACUCGUUUGCGCGCCCUGCUGGUUAGCAAGGGCGUAUCGAAUGGAGAGGUGGACGCACACUUGCGAUCGUUCGAUGACGAAGGCAGCAAAGGCUCGCCCACCGCGUCAAACACGACGACCCUCGCUCCCAUCCUCAACACACCCAUUCUCCUCGAACCAUCACCGACCCAAUUGCCUCCGCUGCAGGAACACUUUGGCAAGGCCAGCUUCUCGUCCGAGACGGAAAACGAGCAUCUGGCAUCCAAGAGGAAAUUUGGAGACUCGCUGCUCCCGCCGGUACUCACCCUUACUCCAACUCCUGAUGUCCAACAAUCCUCCCCGCUAGACAGGCUCGCCGUCCUCGCCGACGCUAGUCUCAAUCGCUCCUCCCAAACUGGCUCGGCAUCCAACACUGUCUCGGAACCAUCCAGGAGCCCUCAUCCCUAUCAUCGUCGGAGUGAGACACCUCCCCGUCCCUUGGAAUCCCAUCAGCAGCCCCCACCGGCUGCCUCGCCGCUCGAAAUGUCUUGCAAUGCUGCGGCACGUAUCAUUGCCGAUAUGCAAGGACAAAGCGACGACCGGGCCACUCGACUGGCUUUGGGCUGCGGCGCUCAGGAUGAAGAAUGUUUUGUUAGAAACACGUCUGUCUUCCGAAUGCUCGAUCAUCGAUGAUGAGACCAGCCCCAAACGGUCUACCAGCUCGCGACAGGCUAUGGCUCCUGUAUUGAUGACUCAUGAUACCCUGGGUACUAUUUGUACAACUCUACUCAAGUUAUUUUCGUCGCUAGUAUGGAUAUCCUGCGCAUCAACAACGCGUGUGUCUAUUCGAAGACGCACCAAGGGGUCCUUUCGCACCCCAAUACCGCCAGUUCAUCACUUCGGAAGCCGAUGACAACGGUUGAGUGCGACUAGCGAAAAGUUGUUCCUCAAUAGGUGUUAUCAUCGACGGACUAGUCAGGACGACCUGAUGCGUGCGUUCGCUUCUGGCGCGGGAAUACUGCCUACCACAGAGAUCGAGGAUUGGCCGCCCAAGCUGAGGGCAGUCUCACUAGCCACACGGUAGAUUGACGGAUCGCGUUUGAGGUCGACCACCUCCGCGGCUCUCCGGCAGACAUGCUUGGCUCAGAUUGAUACCCUCAGCUUUCCCUGCCUCUAAGCGU